AUGGACGAUUGGUCAUUUCUAAAUGGCAGCAAAUUACGAGACUCCCUGCGCGAAUUGGAUUUAUCGGCCAACGAUUUGACAUGUUUGCCUUUGCCUGUGGUCAAGUGCCACAAAUUGGUUAAUUUGAAUCUCAAUUACAAUAAUUUGACUCAUCUACAAUUUGCCAUACGUCGCCUGAGAAGAUUACGCUCGCUUUACGUGUCGGAAAACAAAUUAAAAUCCCUGCCAGCUGCCUUAGAUGAUUUACGUAUUGAAAUCUUGGAUGUUUGGCGUAAUUCAUUCAAGGGUCUCAAUGUCUUGGAGGCUCAUCGCCUGGCCUUUGCUUCCGAUGCGGACGGAGCUUCAACUCAUUCGCCUGAACCUCUCUGGCUUCAAGCUGCCCAAGCUGUGGCCCAAUAUGAACUGACAAUCGAUUCCCUGCCAGCCAUACUCAUUCAACUAAUUGCCGAGGCACCAAAAUGUUCCUGUGGCAAAUUGUGCUAUGCCUUAGACAAUAAGCACAUUAUCGAACGUAUCAAAAAUGCUUCUAAUCUUAGUCUCCUGUUUAGAUUAACUUGGGAUUUUGCCCAGAUGACUACCUAUUGGAUAAAUGGAACUCAAGAACUUGAAAUCAAUUGCAAUUGA